AUGGAUGCUGCCGCGACGCCUGCCGACCCGCCGAGCCCUGCUCCGCAGAGCAAGCUCGAGAAGCCCGAUGCCACCGCGAACGAGAACAAAUUCCAGCAGGCAAUUGCUGCGUGGCGAAACGUGAAUCUCGCCGAGUUGAUGCCUGCCUUGGAUUCGGCCGCCGAGGAACUUGUCGAACAUCAGCGCGAUUCUGUCACUCAGCGGAAGGAGCUCGCACAGAAGACCAAGGACUUCAGAAAGCUUGACGAUCAGAGCAAGCUUUCGGAGAUCAAGGGGCUGCUGAAAUCCUACCAGAACUUCAUCGACGCUCUCACGAACCAGGGAAAGUCGAUAAACGCUGCCUUUUUCAAGGCUUACACUCCGCUUUCCGAAGCGCCUGACCCAUAUCCGCUCCUCGAGGCCUCCGUCGAUUCACUUGUAACCGCCGAAGAAACCCUGCCCAAGCUUACCGAGGAAAACGAACGGCUUCAGAAGACGGUCUCACAGCUGACAACUCAACUGGAGGGUACAGAGAAGAAGCUUGAGGAUGAAUACAGCGCAAGGAAGAAUCUGGAAGAAACGCGCGAUGCCAAGAUCAAAGAGGUCGAGGCAUCAUGGUCCGCCGUGCUUACCGAGAAGCAAGACAACUGGGAGUCAAAGGAAAAAUCUCUCGAGGACAAGGUCGAGAACCAGGACCGGUUGUUGAAGGAGCUCAAGGCUAGCUACGAGGUUUCCCAGCGUUUGGGCAAGGGCGAGGACGAGGAAGACAACCAGGGACACAGUGGAGCUACGGCAGCUGAGCUCGAGAUUGUGAGCUCGGAGCUAGACCGGGCAAACACACGUCUUGCUGAGAUUGAAGCGAGAAACGAGCAGCUUCGGCUCGAACUUGCUCAAUCAGCAUCAAGCGCAAACACCCAGGCAUCCGGCCCAGUCGAAGAUGACCCAAUGUUCAGGAGGCUGCAGUCCGAAAAUCAGUCUCUCCUGAGGAAGCUCGAUGCUGCUCGUUACGAGAAGGACUCCGAGAGAAGGAAUCAAGAGACAGAGGCGCGAAAGCUGGAGAAGGAGCUGGCGUCUUUGAAACAAGAUCGGGAUGCUCUGCGGGAGAAGGUGAACACCUGGGGAGACUACGACAACGUGAAGCGCGAACUCGAGGUUCUGAAGUCAAUCGAAUUCGCAAUGGGAGAAGACGACGAUGCAGAGGCUGGGGUAGACGCUGCGGCUGAAGGGGCAACGGGUUCUCAAGGCAAAGAAGAGACGCUCGAGCAGCUCCUGCUUGCACGAAACAAGAAGCUCAGUGAUGAGUUGACUGUACUUCGCGUAUCCCAUCAGGACCUCCAGACAAGGUUGGAGCAGCUACAGGAAGAGCUUUCAAACACCAACAUGGAGUUUGAGAAGUCGCAGAACUUGGCGCAAACUUUGGAGAACGAUCUCAUGAAGGUGCAGCAGGAGGCCUCGAAUGCGUUCGAUUCCUCGGCAAUGUCUGUUGCGGGGACAUAUACAUCGAGAUAUCCCCAGUCGUCAUUUGCCAGCAGGAAGGGAGGACGUGCGUCUCCAACUUCAUCCAUAAUCUCGGGAUUCAAUCCGAGAGACGGUAGCCCGAACACGCUAGAGGCUAUCAGGUCAGGCGAGGCUGUGGGAGGUGGUUCUGGCAUCCUCCCCAUGGUCACGGCCCAAAGAGAUCGAUUCAAGAAGAAGAACGCUGAGCUCGAGGCGGAGCUCCAGAAGACUUACCAGAACGUGUCUUCGCUGAGGUCCGAGGUUGCCUCGUUACAGAAGGACAAUCUAAGCCUGUACGAGAAGACUCGCUAUGUUUCGACAUACAACCGCGGCCACGCGUCGGCCUACUCCUCGAGCACGAAUCCGUCGACUGUCCAGGUGACACCGGACGGAUCCAAUCUCGACCGUUAUCGCUCGGCAUACGAGCAAAACAUCUCGCCGUUCGCGGCUUUCCGCGGUCGCGAAUCGGCACGCGCCUUCAAGCGCAUGAGCCUUCCCGAGCGGUUUGUGUUUCGAAUCACCAAGACGGUGCUUGCGACGAGGACCAGUAGGAACAUGUUCGCGGCAUAUUGCGUAGCGCUGCACCUCCUGGUGUUCUGGAUGCUCUUGUCAGGGACGUCGGGCCCUGUCGAGGAGACCAUCAGCUUGAGCAACAGCGGCUCGGCGGCGGCUGCUGGCGCUGGCGGUGCAGGCCCGCUCGCGGGUGGCGAUGCACAUGAGAAAGGUAAUUGGCAACCCGAGGGUUUCCAUGACACGUAA